AUCAGUUGUAUUUAAAGGACCCGAAAGCACAAUCGCAGUUCAAACUUCCAAUUGCGAUUUAUUCCAAUUCUCAUCUCUAAACUAAGCGUACCCCUGUCGCCCCUUGCGUUAUCAGGACCGCCUAUUCAAUCUUUCUGAAUCUGAGGAUGGGCCUCCCGAAGUUGCUCCUCUGCUCUCUUCUCUUCCUUUUCUCAAUUCUUGCCGCAGGGAAUGCCGGUGUCCAUGCUUCAUCACCUCAUCAUGAUCGCCGUCACCACCACCACAAGAAGCAGCGAUAUAGUUUCCGACCCACAAAGCUAUUUGUGUUCGGAGACUCGUACGCCGACACUGGAAAUAUUCAAAAGUCUGUAGGAAGUUCGUGGAAGGAACCAUAUGGAAUCACUUUUCCAGGGAAGCCCGCUGGCCGCUUCUCGGAUGGUCGUGUUCUUACUGAUUACGUUGCUAAAUUCUACGGAAUGAAGUCCCCAGUAGCGUAUAGAUGGAUCAAGUAUGCAGGAAACCGGUUGCGGUAUGGAGUGAACUUUGCUUAUGGAGGGACUGGCGUCUUUGACACUUUGGUUUUGGAGCCUAACAUGACCACUCAGAUUGAUUUCUUUGAGAAACUUCUCAAGGAUUUAGUUUAUAACAAAACUGACUUGGACUCAUCUUUGUUUCUGGUCACUGUUGCUGGCAAUGAUUAUGGUGCUUACAAUGCCAAAGGUGGCACUGCCCAGGGUUUGCCUGCCUUCACUGCAAGCUUGAUUUCCCAGCUUGCCGUGAACUUGAAACGCCUUCAUGGAUUGGGAGCCAGGAGGAUAGCUGUGGCAGCUUUGGAGCCCCUUGGCUGUCUCCCUCGAAGCACAGUUCUCUCGUCAUUCCAACAAUGCAACGUCACGCAGAACACAGCCGUCAAUUUUCACAAUCUACUAUUGAACCAAGCUGUGUCAAAAUUGAAUAACGAGAGUAGGGAUUCUGCGUACCACGUUCUUGAUCUUUAUACCACCUUCACAACCUUACUAGAGAACAAAGGAGAUGUAUCAGGAACUUUAAAGUUUGAAACUCCUCUGAAGCCUUGUUGUAUGGGACUAAGCACUACAUAUUCGUGUGGAAGCGUGGACGAUAAAGGACGGAAAAUGUACACAGUGUGCAACGAUGCAAAGUCUGCAUUCUUCUGGGAUGGGGUGCACCCAACACAGGCAGGGUGGCAUGCUGUAUCUAUGGCUUUGAAACCUUCUCUUCAGCAAAUUUGCUAGCUACCACUUUUUAGUCAUUAGUCAUGAAAUGUUGUGGUGUGACUUUUUUCCUUCGUUUCUUUUUCUUUUUGGGUCACUAGUUACCACUUCUUUUCUAAUUUUGGAAAUUGUACCUUUGUCUAGCACUGAAAAUUUGUUGGUCUGCAUAUUCUUGGACGAUCAAUUUAAUGCAAUAAAUAAGGAGAGAACAAAAAAUUUCAUUUGGAU